AUGGCAGGAAGUUCAGAGCAAAGGGAAAACAACAACACAGCCAUCAAUCUCAACAACAAGAGGAUUGGGAGACAAGCACCCAAUAAAUUAAAUUUGAUGAGGAGAAGUUCAAGUCCAUCAAAUUUGAACUCAAAGGGACUCAACAUUCAGUGGCAAAGCAAAUGGAAGUUUCACAGUCAACUGUUAAGUUUUGCAUUAUCUAAGUUGCAAUAUGAUGAAAACAAUGAUUCUUUCCAGUUUAAACCACAUACUAACAUUGUUCACAUUGAUGGAAAGCAUUUUUAUCUAACUCCAGAAUCACAGACUUACUACUUGGCAUCGGGUGAUGUAAAACCAUAUUGUGAAUAUAGGGAUAUGGCCUUUUAUUACUCAAGAGCCUGCCAAAAGGAGCUCAAGAAUAGAAAGAGGGGGGAAUUGGAGACCCAACCAAUACAGUCAAUGACCAAAGAGCACAUGAGAUUAAUGCUCAUCACUAAUGUCCUACCCAUAAUAAGAGGUAAGUGGCCACACGGAAUGUCAAAGCACAUUUUCAUUCAACAAGAUAAUGCAAAGCCACACAUAGCACAUAAUGACAAGGAAUUCAUGGAGGAAGCAAUGAAAAAUGAUUUUUUAUACAACUUGUCAAUUCAGGCUUUGCAAUAUCAGAAAGCAGCCUACAAUGUGCCACAAUUACUAAGUGCUGUGAACAAUGCCUUUGACAAUUUAAGUGCACAAUGUUUGAGAGUUGUAUUCAUUACAUUACAAGCUUGCAUGAUUGAAACCAUGAAAAGGCAAGGGGGUAUUGACUACCACAUCCCACACAUGAACUAA